GAACUGAGCUGGAGUGCAUUGUAAAGGAGAGCUAUCACUUCUGCUCAGUUUAGAGUGAGCACUGAAGAGGGAGAGAGCGCUUUGUUUUGAGGAAAGCAUCUCCAUCAUCUUUGUUGAGGGAAAGAAAAUGUCUUCUACGUACAGAAGCCUUCAUGAUGACUAUGAUUCCAGCAGCAGGAGGUCGACCAGCUGUGUGGUGUUAGUUGUGCUCGUGGUCUUUCUAACUGUCCUGGGGAUUUUGCUCGCCAUUGCUGUUCUGGAGAGACCCCCGACACCCGAAGAACACGACACGCUUCCUCGGGACGACAGAGGGUGCAAUGUCUCUGCAGACCAGUGCAGCAUAUCCCUGGUGGAGAGCAUUCCCCUGUAUAUGAAAUAUAAACCCAACGCAACGCGUGGGAUUCCUCUGGAGCAAGUCUGGAAAGAUCUUCUCUCCGUGGCAACGGAGGAAGUGGACGUGGUCUCUUUCUACUGGACGUUGACCGGGGAAGACGUCAACGUUAACUCGUCCACGGACGCACCAGGUAAAGACAUCCUGAGGAGACUUGAGGAGUUGCCCUCCAGGAACGUGUCUGUCCGAGUGGUAAUCAGUGAGCCCACAUUCAAGACAAACUCCACAGAUUUAAAGAUUCUAAAGGAAAAAGGAGUUCAGGUGCGGAACGUGAACUUUGGCCGCCUGACGAAAGGCGUCCUCCACAGCAAGUUCUGGAUUGUUGAUAAGAAACACGUGUUCAUUGGAAGUGCCAACAUGGACUGGAGGGCUCUCACUCAGGUGAAGGAACUCGGUGUGGUCAUCUACAACUGCUCCACUAUAGCACAGGACCUCACUAAGAUCUUUGAGUCCUACUGGGUGAUGGGACAAGCCAACAGCUCCCUGCCAAGGCCCUGGCCCUCACAGUAUGACACUGACAUCAACAAACAGCACCCCCUGCUGGUGGAAUCUGAAAAUGUCUCCAGUAGUAUUUACCUCUCAGCAUCUCCACCAUCAUUCUGUCCUUCAUCGAGGACUCAGGACCUGCAGGCUAUUCUGUCCAUCAUCUCAGAGGCUCAGCACUAUGUUGACGUCGCUGUCAUGGAGUACAUCCCUGCCACAUGCUUUCACAAUCCUAAGAGAUACUGGCCGUUCAUUGACGAUGCCAUCCGGAUGGCUGCGUUUGAGAGCAAGGUCAGGGUCCGGAUGCUGAUCAGCUGCGGGCGAGACUCUGACCCGACCAUGCUGCCAUUCCUUCAGUCUCUGGCCUCGAUGGACAGCCCCCACCAUGGCAUCAACAUCCAAGUAAAAUUGUACAUUGUGCCUGUAGGAAACCAGUCUGAUAUUCCACACGCCAGAGUCAACCACAAUAAAUACAUGGUGACGGAUAAAGUCGCUUACAUUGGUACCUCCAACUGGGCUGCGGACUACUUUUUGAACACAGCUGGAGUGGGCGUUGUGGUUUCCCAGCAUGCUCCUCGGCCCGUGUGGAAGACCAAGGCCCUGCAGGGGCAGCUGCGUGACGUGUUUGACAGAGACUGGAACUCUGAGUUUGCUGUGAAUCUCGCCGACCUGGGAGAACACCCAGACUGUGCACUGUCAACGUGACUUCAGUUCUGCAGGAAGAAAAAAAAUACAUAUUGGUACUGAUGUUGUAUUAGUGCAAAAGUUGGGAUUUUUUUGCUGUUGUCUAUAUUGUAUUAUCUGUGUGUAGUAUUAUAUGUCCAAAUCAUCAGUUUACUUGAAGAUUCAUGUUUAUUUUAAACAUUUUUAAACAUACUGUUAAUAAUAAUCUUGUUACUGCAAAUAAUGUUUAUUGGCUGAGCACUGUUUUUCUUUGUGAUUUUUACAUGUUGACUGAUUUUCCUAUGUAUGAUUUAUACUGUAUUAUUAUGCUUUUUUAUUAUUGAACAUGUUAAUAUUUAUGAACAAAUGAAGCAUAAAUAAAGCUCAGUAUAAG